GUAGUAUGUUACUUACUCUAUGAAUUUACAUAUGUCAAACUAAGGAUUUGGUUUAAAAAUCCACAUCACAAUAAUUUUGGCAAAUGUGGUCUCGAUCUGUGUGUGAAUAGUUUACAAUUUUCGUGCCAAAGAUGACUGACAACGAGCCGCAAAAUGAACCUGCAGGAGACCAGCCCCAGGAGAAAACCGCGAAGCAGUUAGAAAAGGAAGCCAAAAAGGCUGCAAAGUUAGAAAAAUUGAAAGCUAAGUUGGAUAAAAAGAGCACCGCGCCAGCUGUGCCGAAAGAUAAGCCGGAGAAAAAAGCAAAGGAAACAAAGGAGUCUGCUGUAUAUACUGCCAAUACAGCACCAGGUGAAAAGAAGGAUGUUUCUGGGGCGAUGCCUGAUGCCUACAGCCCCAGGUAUGUGGAGGCUGCUUGGUACGCCUGGUGGGAGAAGCAAGGAUUCUUCAAACCUGAGCAUGGAAGAAAAAGUGUUUCGGAGGUCAAUCCUAAAGGCAAGUUCGUAAUGGUGAUUCCACCGCCCAAUGUCACCGGUACUCUGCAUCUGGGACAUGCGCUCACUAAUGCUGUGCAGGAUGCCAUCAUCAGGUGGAACAGAAUGAAAGGUCUCACAACGUUGUGGAACCCGGGCUGCGACCACGCCGGCAUCGCGACACAGGUGGUGGUGGAAAAGAAGCUGUGGAAGGAAGAGAAGAAGACCAGACAUGAACUCGGUAGAGACGAGUUCAUUAAACGCGUCUGGGCUUGGAAAGAAGAAAAAGGCGGCCGCAUCUACGAGCAGCUUCGGUCUCUGGGCUCUUCAUACGACUGGAGUCGAGAGCGUUUCACCAUGGACCCCUCCAUGUGCUACGCUGUGAAUGAAGCGUUCAUCCGCCUCUAUGAGAGUAAUGACAUCUACCGCGCGAACAGGAUCGUGAACUGGUGUUGCACGCUCAAGAGCGCCAUCUCAGAUAUAGAGGUGGAUAAGAUGGAGCUUAGUGGACGGACGAUGUUGUCUGUACCUGGGUAUAGUCAAAAGGUGGAGUUUGGCGUGCUAGUAUACUUCGCAUACAAAACCAGCAAUUGUGAGGACGAGAUCGUGGUGGCGACCACUCGUAUCGAGACCAUGAUUGCUGACGUGGCUAUUGCUGUGCAUCCCGACGACGAGAGAUACAAACACUUGGUCGGCAAAUAUGUGGUACAUCCGAUAGUGGAGAGGAAAAUACCCAUCAUCGCGGACACUUAUGUCGACAAAGAGUUUGGAACAGGUGCCGUGAAGAUCUCGUCGGCGCACGACGUCAACGACUUCGAGAUCGCCAAGCGUCACGGGCUGCAGUACAUCAACAUAUUCUCAGACGAUGGUCUGAUGCUCGACAACUGUGGAGAGUUCUCGGGCAAGAAACGUUACGACGUACGUCGCGAGCUGGUGAAGAAGUUGGAUGAACUGAAACUGUACAGGGAGACCAAGGAUCAUUCCAUGGUGGUGCCGAUGUGCAGCCGGACCAAGGACGUCGUCGAACCGAUGCUCAAGCCGCAAUGGUGGGUGAGAUGCGAUAAAAUGGCUGAACACGCCAAAAAAGUGGUCGAAGCCGGCGACCUGAAAAUAAUCCCGGAGGUGCACACCAAGACCUGGAACAACUGGAUGGACAACAUCAGGGACUGGUGCAUAUCCCGACAGCUGUGGUGGGGACACCAGAUACCAGCGUACAAAGUGAAUGUUCGUUCGCGAGAGAAAAAGGAGCAAUGGGUGGCGGCGCAUACAGAAGAGGAAGCGAUGACCAAGGCGAUAAGCAAAUAUGGCCACAAACAGUCAGAUAUCACUCUCAGGAGAGAUGAGGACGUGUUAGACACAUGGUUCUCGUCCGCUCUCUUCCCCUUCUCUAUAUUCGGGUGGCCGAAUAAGACUGAAGAUUUGGCUGCCUUCUACCCUGGCAAUCUGCUGGAAACCGGCCACGACAUCCUGUUCUUCUGGGUGGCCAGGAUGGUAUUCUUUGGACAAAGGCUGCUCGGCGAACUGCCUUUUAAGGAGAUAUACCUCCAUCCGAUGGUCCGUGACGCUCACGGGCGCAAGAUGUCCAAGUCCCUGGGCAACGUCAUCGACCCCGUGGACGUGGUGCGUGGGGUCACGCUGGAGGAGCUGCACAAACAGCUGGAGGACUCCAACCUGGACCCCAGGGAAAUCGAGAAGGCCAGGCAGGGGCAGAAGCAGGACUACCCUAACGGCAUACCUGAGUGCGGCACUGAUGCUUUGAGGUUCGCUCUAUGCGCGAUGACGCAGGGCCGCGACUUGAACCUGGACAUCCUGCGCGUGCAGGGGUACCGGUUCUUCUGCAACAAGCUGUGGAACGCGACCAAAUUCGCGCUCAUGUACUUCCCGAAGAACACCACUUACGAGCUGUUCUCGACGCCGCCCGCCACGCUAUCACUGAUGGACAGAUGGAUGUUGUCGCGAGUGGCGCACGCGGUGCAGAAAGUCAACAACGCGUUCGAGGCGUAUGACUUCCCCGCCGCCACCACGCUCAUCUACAACCUGUGGCUUUACGAACUCUGUGACGUUUACUUGGAAUCCCUGAAACCAGUGUUUACGGCAGGUUCAGAAACCUCCAAGAUGAUAGCGCGCCUAACUCUAUUCACAACGCUUGACCACGGACUUAAACUUUUGAGUCCCUUCAUGCCAUUCGUCACUGAGGAGUUGUACCAGCGGCUACCAAGGAAGAACACCGAGAAGUGCUCGUCCAUUUGUGUAGCGGAAUAUCCCAGCUACAAAAACACACCGUGGCGUGACGAAAACUUAGAAGAACAAACCGACCUGGUACUCAAAAUGAUUCACCUCAUACGAUCAACUCGAUCUGAAUACAACCUGACCAACAAGCAGAAGACCACAGCGCACCUAAUCCUCUCGCCUGAGCUGAAGGUGGAAGAACUCAAGGCUUUGUUUGUGAGUCUGCAGUCGCUUGCGAAUAGCGAGUUGAGUGACGAAGAGCCUCCAGCUGGUUGUGCUGUGCUCACCGUGUCAGACAAGAUCGAAGUGAGAUUGGUAUUGAAGGGCCUCAUCGACCCUCAAAAGGAAAUCGCCAAGCUUGAAAAGAAGAAAGAAAAUCUUUCCCAAACCAUCACCAAGCUUCAGCAAGCUAUGGCAGCCGAGGACUACGCAGUUAAAGUACCUGAAGACGUCCAGAAAAACAACACAGAGAAAUUAGCACAGAAUCAAGGAGAGGUCGAGCGAUUGGAAGCUGCCAUUAAAAGUCUAUCAUUAAUGUAAACUAGGCAUUACGACUCGUUACCUUAGUCUUGUCACCAAAAAGUGCAAAUACAAUAAUGCCUUUUUUGGUACCAUAGAAAAUAAAUGUUUAUUAUUUUUUAAAACAAUGUUCUCUAUAUAUAUCGGUUAAGGUGAGAUUUAUGUUGUCUUUACCACAACAAGAACCUUUAUUUAAGUUAAAUAAGGUAAUAAUAAUAAUACCUCUUCUUUCCGAAUAUUUAUUUCUGUGUGAAUAAAUUAUGCUUUUAUACAA